AUGCCGCGAUAUCGCAUUGGUCUGUUGGGUGUCCUGCUAGUGGCCAGUCUGCUGGAGUUGCCCCGUGCCGCGUCCCUAGACGGCGGCAUAUACCAACAAAACAGAGGUCAUCGCCUGGUGGCUGCACCUCCUUGCUCUGCGCGUUCGCUCAGGCGUUCACAAAAGUACCCGGCGCUGAUUCCGUUCGGAUGGGGCGGGCGUGGCAACGCAGGCGGCAGCUCUAGCCCUUUUGACGACGACCGCAACUGGAAGUGGGCGGACAAGUCCGAUGCCGCCAGCCGCGGGGAUGCCAAUGGACUACCAGCGAACAAGCCCGUUUCCGCUGAUGCAGAGACUGAAGAAAACGCCAAAGAUGGCCGCGCGGGCAGCCUUUACCAAAAGGUAAUCGACGGCGUUGCGACGAAUCUGUUCGUGCUGCGGGACACGUUCGAAGGCAACAACAAUGUGGAGAUCCGUAUGGGCCAGGAACCCGCGAACAAGCUCGGGGUGGCAGAAGGCAACCUGGUGCGCGUUCGAGGCAAAAAGCGCUGCGACACUGUUUGUAUCGUGAAGAUCGACCCCAGCAUCACGGACAACCGUGUUAUUAUCCACGCGGACACCCGUCGCAACCUAAGGCUGAGACAUGGCGACGUGCUAUCCGUCGACCUCCUGGUGGACGUACCCCCAGCCAAAGUGGUCAAAUUGUUGCCGUUUGCCGAUACAGUUGCCCCGAUCCUUGCCGAAAUACCGCAGGAAGCCCGGGCGUCGUUCCCCAAGAUGCUGAUGAAAGUCGCCGUGGACUUCUUCAGCCGCGAAAUCGCCAUGGGCAGGAGGCGUCCAGUCCGCCUAGGCGACCAUUUGACGCUAAAUGUGAAGUUCCAGGAUGACAGCAAAACCGCGCUCAAACUGCUCAGAGACGACCACAGGGAAAGCAGCUGCUUCACCAUAGAGUUCAAGGUGAUGGGCGUGAAGUCGUACAAUCGCGACUUCCGCAACAUCUCGGAUGCCGAGACGGGGGUUAUUUCCGGCGAGAGCAUCCUCGACUGUACCGGCGCGCCGUUAUCGCGCGAAAAGCACGACAGCGCGUACGGCGAGCUGGGGUACGAGGAGAUUGGGGGCAUGGACAAGCAGCUGUCCAAGAUCAGGGAACUUAUAGAGCUGCCACUCCUGCAUCCGGAGGUGUACAAGGCAGUAGGUGUAUCGCCCCCCAAAGGCGUCAUUCUGCAUGGACCACCCGGCACGGGCAAAACGCUCAUUGCCAGGGCCAUUGCGUCGGAAACGGGCGCACACUGCGUGAUUAUAAACGGCCCAGAGAUCAUGUCGAAGCACGUUGGCGAAUCCGAGGCAAAGCUUCGCCGGGCGUUCGAGAAGGCGUCGAAAAACGCCCCCGCCAUCAUCUUCAUCGACGAGAUCGACUCCAUCGCCACGAAACGCGAGAAGAGCCCCAGCGAGCUGGAGAGGCGGAUAGUCAGUCAGCUGCUGACGCUCAUGGACGGCAUCGAGCCCAGCAAGAAUGUCGUCGUACUAGCGGCGACCAACCGUAUCAACUCCAUCGACAUGGCGCUGCGAAGGUUCGGUCGCUUCGACCGGGAGAUCGAAAUUGCGGCGUGCGACGAGGACGAGCGCUACGAGAUUCUGAAGAUCAAAACGCGCACCAUGAGGCUGAGUCCCGACGUGUCGCUGAGGAAAAUCGCGAAGGAGUGCCACGGGUACGUCGGCGCCGACAUCGCGCAGCUGUGCUUUGAGGCCGCCAUGUGCUGCAUCCGCGAGAACCUGGCUUCGUUGGACAUGCUGCAGUUCGAGGACAAGGUGUCGCCCGAGGUGCUGAACAAGCUGGUCAUUCAGAAUCGCCACUUCGCGGAGGCGCUGGCCAUUUGCAACCCUUCGACCCUCCGUGAGCGCCGUGUCCAGAUCCCCGAGACCACGUGGGACGACGUCGGAGGCCUGGAGGACGUCAAAAAGGAGCUCAUAGAGACGGUGCAAUACCCGGUGGAACACCCCGAGAAGUUCCGAAAGUUCGGCCAGGCGUCCAGCAAAGGGGUGUUGUUUUACGGCCCGCCUGGGUGUGGGAAGACGCUGUUGGCAAAAGCCAUCGCCCACGAGUGCAAUGCCAACUUUAUCUCCAUCAAGGGACCGGAGUUGCUGACCAUGUGGUUCGGCGAAUCCGAGGCCAACGUGCGCGAGUUGUUCGACAAGGCGCGGGCUGCGGCGCCGUGCAUUCUGUUCUUCGACGAGAUCGACUCCAUCGCGAAGACUCGAGGAGGUGCUGGUGGCGGGAGCAGCAGCGGAUCGGAGGCUGCUGACCGUGUCAUUAACCAGAUCCUCACGGAAAUCGACGGCGUUAAUGUGAAGAAGCCCAUCUUCAUCAUAGCGGCCACCAACCGGCCCGAUAUCCUCGAUCCGGCAAUUUGCAGGCCUGGGAGGCUGGACCAACUCAUUUACAUAUCGUUGCCUGAUCUCAAGAGCCGGGAGAGCAUCUUCAAGGCCGCCCUGAAAAACUCGCCACUGGCCCCGGACGUGAACAUUCGCAAGAUGGCAGAAGCGCUUGAUGGGUAUUCAGGUGCCGAUAUCGCAGAAAUAUGCCACCGAGCGGCCCGCGAGGCCAUUCGGGAGAGCAUCGAACAUGAAAUGAAGCGCGGGCGCCCGCUAAAGGAAGGUGAAGAGGACCCGGUGCCGUACAUUACCAACGAACAUUUCAAGGUCGCCAUGGCGAACGCUAGGAAGUCGGUGCAAAAGGAGGACGUGCAACGAUACGAGCAAUUCAAGCGGAAGCUGGCCUCAAGUUCGGGUUGA